AGAGUUAGUCUGCAAACCUGCCUAGUGCAGAGUGGGAAUACCGGUCCACCUAUCCUCAAACGGCUGACUGGGGCCGACAGUGGCUCUCUGGCAGAGGAAGGUCUUUCCCAGCACCUGCUACCUGACAGCCGUUUGAACUGGUGAUCCUAAGGAUCAGCUGUGGGACCUUCUGCAUGCGGUCGGCUGCUGGCCUUGGCUCGUCGCCCACCUUGUGCUGAAGACUGCAUGCUUGCAAACGCUGGUCCCUGAAUGCCACAAGGGAGGCACGAGAGAGGCAUGCGGGACUCGGAAAAGUUCAGAGGGCAAGCUUCCGACGUUAUUGGGCUAUAAAGUAUAUUGCUGGGUGUUCCCUGCCACACUCAAGGCAUCUAUAUAUUCACGUCUGCUUCCCCACUCUGGAUGUGUUCUGCCCGUUACUACGAACAGCGGACUCUGGCACCCAGUUCUGAGAACAGACUACUGACCACGAAAAUGAAGACUGAGGAGGAUCAAGGAUCCAACGAGGAAAGGAAGGGGAGAAUGACCAUCGUGCUCGGCCUCGUGACCUUUAUCGCCGCCUUUGGGUCGUCAUUCCAAUAUGGGUACAAUGUCUCCGUGAUCAACUCUCCAGCUCCGUUCAUGCAAGAUUUUUACAACGAAACCUACUUCGAACGGUACGGGGAGUACAUGAGCGAGGACCUGAUGACAGCCCUGUGGUCUCUGACGGUGUCUUUCUUCCCCCUCGGAGGCUUCUUUGGGUCCCUUAUGGUGGGCCCCAUGGUGAACACCUGCGGCAGGAAGGGCACUUUACUGAUCAACAAUGUCUUCUCCAUCAUCCCUGCCAUCCUCAUGGGAAUUUCCAAAGUGGCUUCAACCUUUGAGGUGAUCAUAGUUUGCCGCAUCGUCAUCGGGAUAUGCGCCGGCCUGUCUUCCAAUGUCGUCCCCAUGUACCUCGGAGAGAUGUCCCCCAAAAACCUCAGGGGGGCCGUGGGGGUCGUGCCGCAGCUCUUCAUCACCAUCGGGAUCCUGGCGGCUCAGAUUUUGGGGAUGCGGAUGAUCUUGGGAAGUUCUGAAGGCUGGCCUAUCCUGAUGGGCCUAACCGGGGUCCCCGCAGCACUGCAGCUUCUGUGCCUGCCCUUCUUCCCCGAGAGCCCCAGGUAUCUCCUCAUCCAGAAGGGCGACGAAGAGAAAGCCAAAGCAGCUCUGAAGAAGCUGAGAGGCUGGGAUGACGUGGAGGACGAGAUGGAAGAGAUGAGGAAGGAAGACCAGGUGGAGAAGGCCGAAGGGAAGAUGUCCGUCUGCGCCCUUUUCACCUACCGAGGCCUUCGGUGGCAACUUAUCUCUAUCAUCGUCAUGAUGAUGGGCCAGCAGCUCUCCGGAGUUAACGGGGUAUACUACUAUGCCGACAGUAUCUACGAGAACGCUGGAGUGAAGAAAGACGAUGUGCAGUUUGUCACUGUGGGAACAGGCGCCGUAAAUGUCGUCAUGACUCUGGUAGCGGUUUUCAUCGUGGAGGCUCUGGGGAGGAGGAUCCUGCUUCUGGCCGGCUUUGGGAUCUGCUGCGUGGCCUGUGCGGUGUUAACCGUGGCUCUGAAUCUCAAGGAUACCGUCUCCUGGAUGCCUUACAUCAGCAUUGCCUGCGUCAUCUCCUACGUUAUUGGCCACGCCAUUGGAGCCAGCCCAAUUCCAAGUGUCAUGAUCAUAGAGAUGUUCCUACAGUCCUCCCGCCCUGCUGCGUUCAUGGUGGGAGGGUCCGUUCACUGGCUGUCCAAUUUCACGGUCGGGCUAGUCUUCAAGUACAUGGAGAAGGGACUGGGACCCUACUGCUUCCUGGUCUUCUGCGGCAUUUGCUUGGUCACAGUCAUUUACAUCUUCCUCAUCGUCCCCGAGACCAAGAACAAAACCUUCAUGGAAAUCAACCAGAGCAUGGCCAAGAGGAAUGGCAUUGAGCUACAGGCUGACAAGGAGGAACUGAAGGACUUCACAGCUGUCUCUGUGCCCUACAGCAAGAAGAAUGAGGCAGGAAGGAAUAGCGCACUCUGAAACGGCCCCGGCGUGGCCCAGGAUUGGCUACCGUUUCGUUCCACUUCCUUCUGGGACCGGCAGUCCUGACGACGCUUGCUGUUCUCAUCUGGCUUUUUCCCAUGCUGCAGGGUAUCUACACCUCAUCCCUUACAUCCUUCCUGCAACUCCUCAUUAGGGGCAAAAACUCCCGCAAGAGGCAGCGGCUUUACUU